UUCUGAUUUUCUCUUGUCAAAAUCUGGCAUCUUCUUUUUUUUUUCCCCUUUAAUUUAAUAAUUAAUAUCGCAAUUUUUGCUGUGCUUGUGUAUUGGUUAUAUCGUGCAAUUGAGCUUGCUCUGCAGCUAUAAAAAUAUUUCAACUGUGUUAUUUAUUGUAUUAAGAUUGAUUGAACCAAGGUAGAUGGCAGACAUUUAUCAAGUGUGAACUGAGGGAGGUUAUGAAAUCUUGGUCUAAGCAGUAUGACAGGAGAGCGAUUCGAUUAAUACCUUUCGGAAUUUUAUGCUUAUUUGAGGCUUCUAAUUGGACAGUUUAUUGUUUGUGUUUGGCCUGCGUAACGUGUGUGGCAAAGCAUUUGGUUGUGCAAUCUUCGGUUAGACUGCGAGACAGGAGCAAGACAUCAUAUCUGACAAAGAACUAAUCUGACUGAGCACUUGGGACGUAUAAGGAAUUCUCCGCCCUAUUAAUGUCACUAGAUAUGUAUAUGGUGUUGGAAUCACUCCAUGACUUACAUUGCCAACAGCAGAAAACUUUGCUCAUUGUUUCCCUGCCAUUUCUUUUUUUCGUCAGUUGAUUAGUGUAUAUAUAUAAUAUUAUAUAUAUAUGCCAACAAAUCCUGAAUUAAAACAAUGUUUUUGAUUCAUCCGGUGUUCUGCAAUUCUUCUUCAUCUUCAAUCGCCUCAGCUUCACCAUUCUGGAGUAGUAUUACAUUUGGUGGAAGAUUAAGAAGAAAAUCGAAUUUUGUUGUUCAGUUGAAUUUUUUCACUCCUUCAGCUUUUCUGAAUAAAUCUGCUUCAUCCUCCUCAGUGCCAGUUGAAAAUUCCAUCAGUUACUCUGAUCAACCGGCCGUGGUACAUAACAGUCUCCGGCUCCUGCAAUGGGACAAACUCUCUCACUCCGUGGCAUCCUUUGCCGGUACCUCAUUAGGCCGACAAGCUACAGAGGCACAGUUAUGGUCGUUAGAUAAAACAUAUGAGGAAAGUUUGAGACUCUUAGAAGAAACUAAAGCAGCUGUCGAGAUGCACAAUUAUGGUUGUUCCAUGGAUUUUACUGCCAUCCAUGUUCAAUCGGUUAAAUCUGCUAUGCAACAUGCAAGAAGGGGUUUACAUGUUGGUGGAAAUGAAGCAAUAGCCAUCGUAGGUCUCCUUGAAUUUGCAGAAACUUUGCAGUUGAAUGUGAAAGCUGCUAUUAAGGAUGAUGCAGAUUGGUUAAAACGUUUCAUGCCUCUUGCAGAAAUGAUAUUAGGUAUGUUUACAAGUGGAUCCUUAAUAAAGUUCAUUCAGCAGCUUAUAGAUGAAGAUGGCAUAGUAAAAGAUUCUGCUAGUUCGACCUUAAAGCGCUCUCGUGAACAAGUGCGGUCACUUGAAAGAAAGUUAUACCAGCUUAUGGAAGCUUUGAUUAGGACUGAAACGGUUGAAACAUCCUCUCUGGAAGUAAGGAGUAUUGAUGGAAGAUGGUGCAUAAAAUCAGAAACCGAUCUGCAAAGAAAUAUUGAGGGUCUGUUGCUUUCAAGUAGUGGUUCAGGUGCCGAAAGCAUCAUGGAGCCUCUUUCUGCUGUGCCAUUAAAUGAUGAAUUGCAACAAGCAAAGGAGUCUGUAUUAAAGGCUGAGGCAGAAGUGCUGCUAAGGAUAAAAGAAAAGAUUCAACUGGAUCUUGAUGAUAUUGAAAAUCUAUUCAAGGAUAUUAUUCAACUAGAUGUGAUAAAUGCUCGGGCAACUUAUAGUCUUGCAUUCGGAGGUACAUGUCCGGAUUUAUUUUAUCCAUAUGACAAGAGUGUGAAAGAGUUAUCGGGAGAUGAAAUUGCAAAAGCAUCACACCCCACUCAAAUGAAAUGGAAUUUGUAUCUUCCAAAAGCUUUUCAUCCUUUACUUCUUCAACAGCAUCGGCAGAAUCUGCAAAAAGCCACAAAAGAUGUCAAUGAUGCUAAAGCUGAAAUUAGGAGAAGGAAACAGCAAGCAGGGAAUCUUUACCAGAAAGAAGCAGAUAUAAGUCUUUCAUCCUUGCAAUCACAUAGAGAAAUGGUGGAACAAAGUAGACCUGUUGCGGUUGAUAUAUUUGUUUCCAGAACAACUAGAGUCGUGGUAAUUACUGGCCCCAAUACUGGGGGCAAAACCAUUUGCUUAAAAACAAUUGGGUUGGCUGCAAUUAUGGCAAAAUCAGGACUUUAUGUAUUAUCAUCUGAGCCAGUAAAGAUCCCUUGGUUUGAUUUUAUAUUUGCCGAUAUUGGUGAUGAGCAGUCCUUGUCCCAAUCCUUGUCUACCUUUUCUGGACAUUUGAAGCAAACUAGUGAGAUUCUAUCACAUUCAACAAACAGGUCAUUGGUGCUUUUGGAUGAAGUUGGUGCAGGAACGAACCCCUUGGAAGGAGCUGCUCUAGGAAUGUCACUGCUUGAAUCAUUUGCUGCAUCUGGUUCUCUAUUGACCAUAGCUACAACACAUCAUGGGGAACUAAAAACCCUAAAAUACAGCAAUGAUGCUUUUGAGAAUGCAUGCAUGGAAUUUGAUGACGUGAACCUGAAGCCAACCUAUAAGAUUCUUUGGGGAGUACCAGGUCGUUCGAAUGCAAUAAAUAUAGCUGAAAGGCUAGGACUCCCUGACAAAAUUUUGGAUGAUGCUCGAGGACGCUAUGGGCCUGCUAGUGUCGAGAUCAACGAGGCUAUAAUUGAUAUGGAAAAAUUUAAGCAGAAUUAUCAUGAGCAUGUUCAGGAAGCCCGGCAUUACCUGAUGCUUGCAAGGGAUCUGCAUGAAAAACUUCUAGUGACAAGAAGGAAAGUUGUUGAACAUGGCAUCACCGAAAGACAUAGACAAAUGCAAGAAAUUUCCCAGGCCGCAGCAGCAGCACGUUCUACUCUUCACAAGAAGCUGAGACAAUAUCGGGCGACUCUGUCCCAAUCGCCCAGAAUUAGCAACACAGAUAUCAACCAGAAGACAUCUUCAUCAUCUAAUGGUCAAGGUGUAAAAGCAGAGAUCGGAACUUCUAUUACAACUAAUGCUGUUUCAUAUGAUAACAGCAAGGAAGCGCCAUCAGGAAAGAUUCAAGAGCUACCGAAGAUUGGUGACAUGGUGCAUGUUUAUUCUCUUAAAAAGAAAGCAAGAGUUUUAAAAGUAGAUCCAUCUAAAGGAGAACUUUUAGUUCAAUCUGGUAUUAUGAAGCUGAAAUUGAAACUGGACAAUAUUGUUAACUAGUGAAUAAAGUUUUCUGCAUAGAGAUGAAGUAAUAUUGGCUGGAGCAUAUGCUUCUUAGGAAUUCAAGGAGAUUAAUAUUAUAUCUAAGGACUGAAGCAAGGUUUUUCCGACUUUUCCGCAGGUUAUCUCUAGCCAGACAGUCAACUACUCAUGAGGCAGAAACUGUUCUUCACCCACUUUACAUCAUCGGACAUCUUUCUGAUGCUGGAACUACUUAAUGGUAUGUACUGUUAGUCAUCAUCUAUGCAGACAGACCAAGGACCUUACCUAGUGAUUCUACGAAGGUGUGAAGAUCUUUCUCAAUGAUUGCUGUUGCCGCAUAAGCUCAGCCUCUAUUUUAGUAGCUUCUUGGUUCUAUUUGCUGAUAUAAACUGUUGAAUAUUAACAAAUCUACGAAAUUACAGGAAUCUGCCCAAGUACUUUACCAUAGCCCUUUUGCCUUUGUAAUGUCUUCUAGGAAUCACAGGGCUCCACUUGUUUGUACACUUUGUUUGUACCCUAAUUUUAAAUGUUUUGGCUUGUUCUUUUUUUUA